AACAGCUGACCGGGAGAUCAGCCAACUUGAUCAGGCCUCCUCCAGCUUCUCAAUCACUGGUUCCAUCCAUCUGGCACCGGGAUAUAUCUCCAGCCACAUCGGUUUCCUGCCAAUCUGACCCGUCACAUGGCGGCCGCCGUGGCCUCGUGUUUGUCUUUGCUGAACUUGGACCCCACCUGCCCCAUCGAGCCCACAAGUUUGGCCACGUUAGAGUGGGUCACCCACCAAUGUCUCCGAGAAAAAGGACUCGAUCCUGCCUCAUCGGUGGAUUUGACAGUAGCUUUAAUCGCUGCCGACUUCCCGUUGGCCGCCCUUCAGCCCAAUCUGGACGAUCCCCAAGAUCGGGUUUGGGUCCUGGAUCACCUACUGACCGAGCUUAUGGCUACCCGUUUGACGCGUCAUCCAACUCCUACCGAUGUCUCGAGCGAUCCCCCAUGCCGAAUCCGGGACGCCUGUCAGGCUCUUCAAUGUCCCACAUUCAACGGCCAAUUCAUGACAAGGGCCUCGAAAUGCGCUCCAACCGUUUCAGAGCCCUUGCUAGGUCAGGUUUUAGAUGCCCGCACUUGGGACCGGAUCGAGAGUUUCUCGGAGAAGAUGGCUCACGAGUUCCAAACCCGACGCAAUCUCUUACUGACCCGUUUGAAUGCCACGGUCCAUUCUUUUCUGUGGUCUGAAUCUGGUCAACGGCAUCAGACUCAGAUUCAGCGGUAUCUUUUAUCACCCGAUUUGUGUCAAUGGGAGUUUCGGGCCAAGACCCCGGCUGACAUCCUCGCCGCUCGCACGGAUUUGACUUGGUUGGCCAAGGUCAGUGGGCAAGCGCCACGAGCCCGCAUUCACGGCUUGACCAAGGUUAAAAUUGGCCGCGUGCCCGACCGCGGUGGGCGAGCUUUUGAACAGGCGGCACCUGCUCCCGAAAUGCCGCCCUGGCAGAAACGACAACAGCCCGAGGGUGGACAUCAUAGGGGUGGGCGUGGCAGCGGAUAUCGAGGUCGGGGUGGCGGUGGUCGUCAGCAUCGCGGUAGAGGUGGUAAAGGUCGCGUGCAAGGCGCGGGAUGGAACCGCUAAUGCAAGUUAAUAUUGUGAUGGUUUUUAAAGCUCUUGUCCAAAGUUUAUAAAGAUGGAUAUAGAUUAAGGACAUUAUUCAUUGCCCCGGAAAAAAAUUAUCACAGAUGGA